AUGUCGUACAGCUACCGAGAGCGUGAUCGCUACGAGGACGACCGGCCCAUCACCAUCAAGCGUUACGUCAUCCCCUCCGAGGAGCGAGAUGACCGGCGAGAAUUCAAAUUCAAUCGUGACGAAGGAUACGAUCGAGAGCUGGUCAUCCGUCGCAAAUUUGAACGUGAGCAGCCUUUGACGAUAGCUCGAUACGAGCGUGAUGUGGAAUACGAUCCUCCUGUCCGUCGUGUCGAACGGGAAUAUGAGCGAGAGUACUAUGAACCUCGUAACGCAUACUCCAGUCCGCGAGAAUCUGAGUACGACAUUGUUCGACGCUCGGACGUCGAGGAAGAGCCCUACUACUAUCAUCGGCAUCGACGAGUACGCGAGUAUGAGGAUCGUCGCUCACGUCGCGAGCUGAGCCCCGGUGACUCCGUCUCCCAGGCAAGCCGCCGUCCCCGUCGCGACCGUGAUGAUUACAGUAGCGAUGACAGCAUGGUCUAUAUCCGCAAAGAGACCCGUGAGUAUGACGACGAACAUCCUCAUCACAAGCUCCAUCUGGCCGAAGGUGCCCUCGUGGGCGCUGGCGCCGCUGAGCUCUUCCGCAGUCACAAACAGCGCGAGGGCAAAGAAGUGAGCCGCGGAAUGAGCCACGCAGUGCAGACCGCUGGCGCCGGUGCCCUGGGCGCUGUUGCGGCCAACGCGGUCGGCCAGGCUCGUGAUUAUUAUCGCAGCAAAAGUCGCAAUCGCCAUCGCUCCCACUCGUUUGAUAGUGACCGCCGCUCUCAUCGCCACAGCCGCCGUAGUCGCAGCCGCAGUCGCUCACAGUCGCAUUCGCGAGCGAAAACCCUCCUCGAACUUGGUCUAGGCGCUGCAGCAGUUGCUGCCGGUGUGGCUGCGUUGAAGAGUAAAUCGGACAAUGACCGUCGCAGUCGGUCUCGCAACCGCUCUCACUCCCGCUCUGGCUCUCGUCUUCGAGCCCUGUCGCGCAGCCGCUCCGAGAAAGACAAGGACGGCGAAGGCAAAGACAAUGAGCGCAAGGCACACAUGGUAGAGGCAGGCUUGGCCGGCGCCGCCGUUGCAGGUUUAGUGGAACACGCUCGCGAGCGAUCGCGCUCCCGCAAGGGGGAGCGUUCACAUAGCCGACUCCGAAAGGCUCUUCCCGUUGUUGGCGUCGGUCUUGCUACUGCAGCCGCGACGGGUUUGUAUGAGAAGAAAAAGGCCGAAAAGGAUGCCAAAGGGCUUGGGGUUCCGGAAGAACGUCGUUCGCGUUCUCGCAGUCGCAGUCGCAGCCGUGUGCCGUCUGAAAUCUACCCAGACCCAUCGCGCGACUCUGCUGGACUGAUCGAGUAUGGCGCAGAGCCUGUUGCCGGAAGAAUACCAGCAGAGCACUACUAUGGCCAGCCAGCCGGUCAUGCGGAUGCGUACUAUUCGGAUGGCCCUCGACGGCAUAGCCGCUCACGAAGCCGCGGUGGUCGACACAGUGGUAGCUCCGAUUCGGAUCGUGAUGCUCGUCGCAAGAGCAAGAGACGCCACAGCCGCUCGCGCGAGCUGGCCGGAGCAGCGCUCGGCGCCACGGGUCUGGGCUAUGCAGCUCAUAAAUACUCCGAACACCGGGACCGCAAAAAGGCUGAGCGCUCUCGAUCUCGCUCUCGCUCCCGCUCCCGAAACCGCUACGACGAUGACGCCCACCGCGAUCCGUAUGAAGAGUCCUAUGACCCUGUGCCGUAUCCCCCCUCUCCGCCUUCAACCCAUCAGCAUCAAGCGGACCCCUAUUAUCCCAACAACAAUUACUUUCCUCCGCCCCCAGGGUCGACGACGAACUUGAACAGCACCCCUCAGCCCUACAACCCCGCCAACUACCCGCCGCCACCGGGUGCAGCACCCCCGUCGCAACCGUACAGCUACGGAGCGCCCCCUGCUGGUGCAGACCCCUACGCUGCACGGCCACGGAGAGCCGAUGAGAAUGUGAGUCCUCAGCCGAGCUCCACCACUACCCUCCCUGAUGAGAAAGCACACGACGGUUUAAAUGGUUCUCCCACUGCAUUUCGCCGGUCGUCUAUGAGCCGCUCUGACCCUUCGUCAACAAAUGCUUCCAAGUCUGUAGCUUUUGAUUUGAGCACAGACUUCAAGCAGGGUCGAGAUUCUGAGUAUGAAACCGACGAUAGCGAGUCAACUAUUGAAGGGAACAAUUUGCAUCUUGAUUCUCGUCACCACCACCACCAUCAACACCGGUCACCGCAGCGCUCGGUUUCUCUGCCUUCAAUUUCUGACCACGGAUAUAAUCCGGAGAGCAAAACCUAUGCGAGCUCCAGUUCAUCGUCGCACCCACCAUCUUUUCACUCUCAACGAUCUUCCCUACAGAAGUCCCAAGAUGACUCAGACUCUACUGUUGAUCUUCCAGCCCGGUUUGACUCCAAAGGUCGUCUUCUUUCGCACAAAAGCGCAAGCUCUUCGGUCGAAAAACUGGAGGACCUUUUGGAGCAAAUUAGCAAAGUUUUGUUUUGA